AUGGCUACCACCUUCCACCCCUUUCCCCGGCUCCCGCUUGAGCUCCGACUCGUGAUAUGGGAAGCAAGCAUUUCACCGCGCACCAUCAACUUUCGGACCUGCGCUUUCAGAUGCGGCGGCGACGACCAAGAACAACGGGUAGAGGUAUCCAUUCCCACACCCAAACCUAAUAUCAGCUUUUGGACUUUUACCUCAACUCCGCCACCACCACCGAUCCUCCACACCUGCCGCGAAUCCCGCAACAUAGGGCUUCAUUUCCAAGGCGGCUACCAAAAGGCUUUCUCCACCUGGUGCCUGCCCUACUUCGAUGGCAGCUGGAACAAUCGGUAUCUCUGGGUCCAUUUCGAGCUGGAUAUAUUUGACUUCGGCGCUGACUUGGACUCACCCAUCAUCCGCAUUGCUAAUAAGGAUCGGUCGAAGAUUAAGCAGCUGAGAUUUGAGCUUCAUGGGACGGACUGUAUAUUCUGGAACAAGCGUGAGGCGCAGCUGGAGUCAUGGAGGGUUUAUGGAGGGGUGGAGGACUAUGGAUUAUACGGUCAGUCCUAG